CGCGGCAGCGCGAGGAGCAGCCGUCCGGGGAUCGCGUUGCGCCCGCGUCUGUGCUGCUCGCGAUGGACUGAGCUGCGCCGGCGGCCCGCGCCGAUUGGGUCCUGCCCUCGCUGGGUUCCGCGGCGCGGGGCUGGGCUCCGAGCGCCACCUCGCCAGUUUCCACAGACGGUCCCGGGCCGGCGGCCGCGCCAGGGAGAUGUCCGGCGGCCGGAGGAGAGGCGCCGCGCCUUGGCACAGCUUCUCCCGGUUCUUCGGUACCCGAAGCCCUUCCCGGGACAAGGAAGAGGAAGAGGAAGAGAGGUCGGGGACGAGCCAGACAACCGCUCCGGGCCGGGGCGCUGCCAGUGUUGAAAAUGAGCCCCUGUGCCCAAGUCAGAAAAAGGAAAAUGUACUUUCACCAGAAGCGGUAAAGAUAACCCAAAUUGAGGACAAAAGGAACCAGGCUGAGAAGCCAAUCACUCUUCCAAAGCCAGAAGAUUCCAAAAAGCCAAAUGACCUUUCCAGUUCUACUUCAGAUACCAAAAUAGGAGAAAGUAAUAAACAGACAAAGGAAAGCUUUUUCCAGUUUCUUGGUAACUUAUUCAAUAUCUCAGGAAAAUCAUCUCUUGGUGAAGCUAAGCAAUCUUUUUUUGAAGAUGACCAUGAUAAAACUGAGACAGAAUUACAGAAUCCCAGUGACCAUUAUGAGGAAGGGAUUAAAAGGGAGAGGGGGAUGUUCAGUGGCUCUCUUGGAGUCCAGAUACUUCCACCAGAGGAACAAGAGACCAACUCAGCUGAACUCUCAGAUGCCUUUUCUUUGGAUACAUCACAGGACAGUGAACAGGAAACCAGUGAUUUGCUAAAACAAAUUGGUGGUCCACAAGAGAGGCCCUCAGUCACGUAUGCAACAUAUCGAGGCCACAGACAAAUUAAGAAACAUUUAAAGAAACAGACCACGGUGGAAAUUGUGAAUCCCUUGGAGAGAGAAAAUGAAAGUUCUGACUCCAGUACAAGCACACAUAUUGAUGCCGGAAGGGAGCUUGAGGCUGGGAUAGCUCCAUCGUUGUCAUCUGCUAACACAGAAAUAUCCAUGAAAGGACAUUUGCUCAGAGGCCCCUUAGGAGACUCUGAUUAUAGCCAAAUAAAUCUCAACACAGAAAGCCAUCUGAAAGACAACCCGGGACUGCAAAAUAAUGCUUCUUCUAAGGAUGUUUUAAAUGAAAAUGAUCCUGGGGAACCUGAGAGAAGUAGGUUAUCCCCUUCUUCUGUGACUGACUCCAACUUCACUGUCGGAGUAUCUGACUCAGAACACCAUUUAAGUUGUGUCCCAGUUUCUCAGACUGACAGAAAUUUGGGAUGCUCCUCAUUGUUCAGAGGAAGUAAUAGCAGAGUUCCUUGCAGUCCAUGUUUUCAGAGGAAAACUACAAUAGAAAAUACAAUAAAAGAAGAGAGUCAUAGAACAUUGGUGCAAAGAGGAAAGCAUCUUGAACCUCAGAGCCCUGCCAGUUCUGACUUCUCUUGUGGUAAGGCUGAUGAGAGUGACACUACUGAACAGGGAAGUACAGAUUUUCCAAGUCUUAAUAAAUUUAUUACACAUCGAGAUCUGCAUUUGCUAGAGAGUAAAUGUUGUGACAGCCAACCUGUGGAUAGCUCAUUAGAGUUGGCUGCCAGUCACCCCAGCACCAUGGCUCUUCAGAGACAUGCUGUGACAGAUACAGAACUUGUAAAUGCAGGAAAUAGGUCAGCUGCUAUAGACUCACAGAUAAAUUUGGCUUUUACAGAAAUCAGGCUAGAAACAGAAAGGGCUUCAGCUGGUGAACCCACAACUUCUGGUCAUGUCAGAGCUCCAAAAAGUAGAAUUGAGUCAUUAUCCAAAGGCACUGACCAAUUAUUUGUAACAGAAACCAAAAAGCUUGACAAAACUCCUCACACCAUUAGAAUAAAUCAAAAGGACUCUGCCUCUAUAAAAUGCAUCAGUGACUCAGCAGUUGUAGCAUGCUUAGAAAAUAAAAUAGCAUCUGAACUGGACUUUGAAGUUAAUAUAAGUCACAUUUCAGAAACUCCUCUUGACUCUGAGAGUCCUCAACAAGUCAAAGUAUCACCUGAUGCUAAAAAAUCUCUUACCAUUGACUGUAAAAAAUCAAAUUUCAGUACUUCAUCUCCUACCUUUGAUUCUGGAGUUGGCGUACUCAGCAAGUCAGAUAUUCCUGCUUUAAAAAAUGAGGGUUCUUCUGUCCUCAUUGAAGCUGGGGUUGCUAGCUCUGCUGACUUUUCCUAUCCAUCUAAUAAACAUCAAGAAGAAAAUGUGGUGAAUUGUGUUGAGGCAACAGAAAGGAAGAAACCUUCUCCUUCCCUCUGCCUUGAGCAUGGACCUGCAAUUCUUGAAUCCAAGGAAAUUCUUCCUAAUAGUGAAGAAUGCCAGGAUCCCCUAGAUUUUGAAGCAAGUGAUACCUUAACAGGGGUGGAACGGUUGGGCUCUAAGUCUGGAAGCCUCUCUAAGGACAACAGUUCAGUUUCGUCUCAAAGCCCUAAUAAAGCAGAGUUAGCUCCUUCAAACACUAAAGAAGCAAAUAAGAGUGCUAUAGAGAAGUCCGAUUCUCUUUCUUUGGAAACAAAAACUGACAGCAUUGCUAAAAUGUUACCAAAAUCUGAAUUAUCAAAAUCUGAAGUUGAUAGUCAGAACAGUGUUCCUGUUGAGUCACAUUCUGGAAGGAUUAAAACUCUAGCCUUUUCCAAGCCUUCUGUUUCUUCUGCAUCCAAAAUUACAGAUGUGCUUGCAAAGCCUAUUUUAUCAGAAUUAACUUGUCUAGAGGUUGAACAGGACAAAAGUUUUCAGUCCAUGCAUCAUAAGGAGACUAAAGAGAAAUGUUCAAAUUUUGACCUUAAAGAGAAUUGCCAAACUGAGGUUUCUAGUUCUGCCUCUGAAUAUCAAGUUACACAGAAAACAGAGGUAAAAGCAUUAGGUGAUCCUACUGCUUUUCUCAAAAGUAAUACCUCUGGGAUUUUAUGUCCUGUUCAAGUUGAAGAAGUCACUAGGCAAAUGGCGCAGACUUGUGAAGCCAACCCUAGGAUUAUUUAUCAACCUUCAGAUAUUCUUGGAACCAGAGAAGCAUCUGAUCUCUCAGAAAUGGCCAAACUCAGUUUAACUAAUGUUUUCCCCAAAUUCCAAGAAACUGACAGCCCCAAAUUACAUCCACCUUUACUGGGUUCUGAUGUCAGUUUGGAAAAAAUUGCUUUUUUAUCUGAGGAUUCAAGCUUUCCUAAUGUUCCUUUUGCGUUGAGAUCAGAAGAGAAUGCCUCAUCUCACAAAAAGAAAGAGAAUGCCCAUUUUCUAAGUGGUGGUACUGAUACCAUGUCUUCUUCCUCUUGUAACUCUGAAGAAGUUAGCAUGGUUACAAGUUCACAUAAUCCCAAAGAUAAUUCUGAUUCUGUAAAAGUUAGCAUAAAUCUCACACAGGAAGGGGCCUCCUUAAGUAACCUCCUGUGCCCUAACAGCUCUUAUUUGGAAUUUGAAACACCUAUCCCCACAGGGGCAGAAGUGACCGCACUUCAGGAACACUUUGGGAUUCAUAUUGGGAAGGUAUCUCUUGAUAUCCCAACUGCUGCCCAAUUUGACAAUCCUUUGGAAGCAGAGGCUAGAGCAGUUGCUGGGGCUCUAGUGUCAGUUAACAGCUCAAGCCAGCAGUGUUCUGAAGCAUCUUCUGAGCACAUAGUAGCAAGAAGAGCACAUGACCAACUUUUGGACCCCAAAAGUGGUUUACUUAAAAAGGCUGGCACAUUGAUUGAUGAACUAAAAUCUACACACACCUUUGGUACCUACCAGGGGCAUAUAGCCACAGAAGAUACAAUGAAUCUAGGUACCCUGAAAGAAGACAUCCCAGAGAAAAACCCAUCAGAAGAAGUGACACUAACAGGGAUCCAACUGAUGGGUCAUUUGGAAGAGCAGAGCAUGGAAAACAUGUCAGAAGUCAAAGGGGAAGAAAAGGCCUGUGUUUUACCGACAGUUGGUGAGAAGAGUCUCCUUUUUGAUUCUGAUAGAAUGAAUGAGUCUUGUGUGUUAGAAGAUCAAGCUAGAGAAUUAGUCAAUGAGAUUAUUUAUUCAGCCCAAGAAAAACUGUCAUUUGGUGCUUUUGAAGAUACUAAGGAUACCUGGGAUUCUGAACAUCAGGCUACUGCUUCAAAAAUUCUGAACAGUGGUAGUGUUAAGCCGCAUGAUGUAGUUAGGGAGUUCUUGGUGUCAGAGCAGGCAGUAAACCAAAGCACAUGUGAAAUCAGUGAAAAUAAAGUUUUAAGUAGAUUCUUCUCUGUAAGUAACUUAGUUAGUGACACAGAGGCAAGUAAGGGAAGAGAAAUUGUUCUCUACCAAAAAUCCCCAUUUUCUGGAAAUGGAGCUGGGCAGUCUGAGAGUAUAAAUUUGCAGGAAUCAGAUACUGUUUUAUUAGCUGAAGACACGCUCCAUAAAGGGUUAGAUGAUGGGGUGAAAACGCAUUUACUUCUCAAAGAGGACUAUAAAGAGAAAAUGGAUUUAGAGUGUAUGGAUAAUCACAAAACUGGGAAUGAGGAUACAAAAACUCUUGUAUUAAACUUCAAAUGGCCUCCAUUUGUGAAUGAUGACAUCCAUGUACCUGGCACGUCCAAAAGCAGCUUGUCUGAUAGUCUUGUAUGUAUAGCAGAAAAAUGCUUGCCAGGACAUGGUAAUAAAAGCACACCCUUUGCAAUGUCAGAAGUAGGGAAAAUACACAAAAAGGAUACUGAAGUAAAUAUAGGAAAAACUGAGCUUAUACCAUCCAUGUUAGAAACGGGGAAAACAAACAAAAAGGAUGCUGAAUUGAAUAUUAGGAAAUGUGAAGCUAUUCCUCCUAUGUUAGAAAUGGGAAUAAUACAUAAAAAAGAUGCUGAAUUGAAUAUCAUGAAAACUGAGCCAAGAGCUCAUAUUUUUAAAAAGGGAGAAGUAUACCAAAUAGAUCCUGAGAAGUGUAUUAAAAAAGCUGAGGGAUUACCUGCCAUUUUAGGAAUUGAAAAAGCUUAUAAGAUUAGGGAUACUGAAGGGGAUAUUGGCAAAACUAAGUUGAUACCUGUUAUGUCAGAAGUGAAAAAUAUCCACCAAAAAGAUGCUGAGAUUACUGGAAAGACUGAAGUUAUAUCUCUUACAUUAGAAAUGGAAAAUAUUUGCCAAAAGGAUGCUGAAGGGGAUAUUGGCAGAACCAAGGUGAAAUCUAUUACAUUAGAAAUGGAAAAUAGUUGCCAAAAUGAUGAAAGGGAUAUUGGCAAAACCAAGGUGACACCUGUUAGCUCAGAAGUGAAAAAUGUCUACCAGAAAGAUGCUGAGGGAAUUACUGAAAGUAUUGAAGCAAUACCUAUUACAUUAGAAAUGGAAAAUGUUUACCCAAAUGUUGCCGAAGGGGAUAUUGGCAAAACUGAGGUGACACCUGUUACCACAGAAGUGGAAAAUAUCUACCAAAAAGAUGCUGAGGGGAUAACUGGAAAGACUGAGAGACCUUUGUUGGAAAUGGAAAAUACUUACCAAAAGGACACUGAAGGGGUUGUUAGGAAUACUCAGGUGGUACCUUUUGUGUUAGAAGUGAAAGAAGCAGAUGAGAAGGUAGCCCCUGCCUUCUUAAAAAUGGAAAAAGCAUGCAAGAGCAAUGCUAAAGAGACUGUUAUAUCCAUGUCCUCUAGGAUGGAAAUGGAGAGAUCAUCUCCAGAGGAUUCAGUUGGGAAUACUGGGAAACAUGAAGCAUUGUCCACUGUGUUAAACAUUGAGAAAACAUGUGGAACAGGUCUGGAAUUGAUUGUUACAAAAGCGGAGCCCAUGCCUCCAGUAUUCAAAACUGAAAAAGCACCCCAAGAGUAUGCUGAAGGGAGUGUUGGAGAAAUAGAGGAAGAGCCCGCUGAAAUAAAGGAAAGCUUGAUAGCAUGUGACCAUAGAAGUACAUCAUAUUUCAGGGGAUAUGAAUCACCUACAUUAAGUAAGGACUAUGAAGGCUACCCAGCCUUAGCAAUGCCAGAUUUUCAACCUGAGGACACCAUAGUAAGGCUAGACAAAAGAAUGUCUGUUACUGCAGUACAUAACAAAAAGAGAGAUCUGGAUUGUAGCAGUGAAGAACGAUCUAACUUAGCCUUUGUCUCUCAAGAGGAACAAGAAAAUUCUUCCUUUACUAUAUUAUAUGAGGAGCCCCUUCAAGAUGAGGACAAGUAUGCUUCUGCAGAAGUCAGAACGACGCACUCCCUCUUGUUUCCGGACACAUCCACUGACAGCAUGCCUGUUCUAGCAUGUGAAAGGUCUGAGAGUAGAACUGACCUCGUCCAUCAUUUUGAAAAAGACACCAAAUUGGGUGAGACAUUUGAUAGUGAUAGUUCAGAAAUAUUCUUAUCAGUAGAGGCCAAAAGAUACAAAGUUUAUCCCUUAGCUCUUUCUCCCAUCUAUGAGGAUGAUAGCUCUCAGGAGGACAUUCUAUCCAGUGAGGUCUCACCCGGUCACCAUGGCUCCACAAAAUUAAGAGAGAGUACAAACCAGCCCUCCUCUGUUUUAUCACUUCUGCAGUCGGUAUCAGAGCGUUUAAAGAUGAAUUUUGGUGAAGAUGAAAGACAGGAGGCAGGGGAGGAAGGGGAAGAGGAGGAAGAGGAAGAAUCAUUGCAUAAAGGAAAUCCGAGAGCUCAAAUGAGGGAGCACAUUUCCUUCCAGCUGCCAGAUCCUUCAAUCACGUUUUAUCCAGAAGAUGACCAGGAAAGGACAGGAAUUUCUAAGAAUGCAUAUGUAAUGUCAAAUGAACCGACUACCUCCAAUCUGCAAAUGGGUCUGUGGCCAGAAAAGGCCUCAUUUCUACAAAAAUCUGACCUUACUUCUAAACUACAUUCUUCUUUAAAGAGUGCAUAUCAUCAGUAUUUGCGGACUUCCAAAACCCAUUCUUCAGAAAAAGGACCCAGAUUUGGUGGGAUUUUUCAGGAACCAGUGUCACAGGAUUUCCACGCUCAAGACACCUCAGCCAGAUUAAGCCCAUUCACAGAGAAUGUUGACAAACAGACUCUGAAGUGUAACCCAAGACCUGGGAAGAUGGUUAUCUAUGAUCUCCAUGGAAAGAAACGUAAACAAGAGAUCUACCAUAAUAUCCCCGAUGCUACAUCAUGGUCCUUUCCAAGUGGAGUACUUGUAAGAGUUGUAAGGGGCUGCUGGAUUUUAUAUGAGAAACCACAUUUUCAAGGUCAGAAAUGUGUGUUAGAAGAAGGCGAAAAGAUGUUAAAUCAAGAUUGGAUUCUUCAGAACAGAAAGCAUCCACAAAGAAAUUUUGUAUUGGGUUCUAUCAAACGUGUCUUAAAGGAUUGGAGCAUUCCAGAGAUAGAGCUUUUUCCACAGUCUGACCCAGUAUGUUGUCCUGUCUACAUACAACGAGCAGUCCCCAAUUUGGAAGAACUAAAUAUCCCUAAAUCUGUGUCCUUCACUGUGAACUCAGGAGUUUGGCUUGCCUACCCAGAUAUUAAUUUUAAGGGACAAGCUACAGUUUUGGAGGAAGGCCAUGGACUCUUUGAGAUUUCUGCAACGGAAAUGAAAUCAUUGCAUCCACUUCAAAUGGGUGGACUGAAAGUGGAAAUGCCUAUGAACUUAAAGGUUAUUAUUUAUGAAAAACCUCACUUCCAUGGACAGGCGAAAGAUUUUAGUGAACAUAUAGAUUCUGUUCCUAAUUUUUUAAACAGUGAUGGGGAGUUUCAUGGAAUUGGAUCAAUUCGUGUCAUUGGUGGAAUAUGGGUUGCCUAUGAAAAAGAGCAUUUUAAAGGUCAGCAAUUUCUGCUUGAAGAAGGGGACUUUGAAGAUAGUAAUGCCUGUGGGGCAUUAAGUGGUCCCAUCAUGUCUUUCCGGUACUUACAAGCUAAUUUUAUAGAAUCUUCUAUCACACUGUUUGAAUCUGACCUAGAAAGUGGGAAGUUCAUUGACAUUAUGAAUCAGGAAAUUUCUGACUUAGAAGAAAUUGGCUUUGGCACUGAAACAAGAUCCAUUCACGUUAAAAGUGGAGUGUGGGUUGCUUACCAGCAGAAGUUCUUCUGUGGAGAACAGUACAUCUUAGAGAAAGGGAAAUAUAAAUGUUUUUUUGACUGGGGAGGAUCAAAUAAUAUAAUCAUGUCAAUCCGACCAAUCCGACUGGAACCCCUUGGAAUAAACGAGCCUUCACAUUUGCUCAAAGCAUUCAGUAAACCAGGGUUCCAAGGAGAAUGUUUAGAUUUUACAAAAGAAAUUUCUGAUUUGGCUUCAUUCACACCAUGUUCUUUUAAAGUUCUUCGGGGUUGCUGGCUUCUGUAUUACCAAGGGGAUAUUGCUGAUAAUCAGUGUGUGUUAGAAGAAGGCCUCUAUGCUGACCUUACUUCCUGUGGCUGCCCAACAUCUAGAGUCAAAUCCCUCAAGCCCAUUGACUAUAUUUUUGAAGAACCCUCCAUCAGCCUUUUUGCCUUGGAACAUUGUGAGGGAAGAGAGUUACAUCUAGAAGAGGCUGUGAACUCUGUUCUGAACAAGGACCUGCACUUCUAUACCCAGUCUGUAUGGGUAAAAAGUGGACUGUGGAUAGCUUAUGAAGGAUCUAAUUUCUUGGGAAGACAAAUCCUACUUGAGCCUAGUGAGAUUCCAAAUUGGACAGCAUUCAGUGGAUGGAAGACAAUUGGUUCCCUCCGUCCUAUGAAGCAGCCUGCAGUAUAUAUCAGAAUAAAGAACAAAGCACAGGAUGAAUAUCUGACAGUCACUGGAAACCUAGCUGACACAAGGACCACAUCUGUGUGUAUUUCUCCUUACAGUGGAAAGAAUACUCAGAUCUGGCACUACUGCCGAGGACUCUUUAAAUCCAGGGCCAGUGAUACAUGUCUUGAUGUGAUUGGUGGCCGGGACACACCUGGAGCUAAAGUAGCCCUAUGGACUGAACAUGGGCAAUUUAGGCAGAAAUGGAGACUGAACAAAAAUGGAACCAUCAGCUCUUAUCUCAGUGAUCAACUUGUUCUUGACGUUAAAGGAGGAAAUUAUUAUGACAAAACUCAUGUAAUUGUAAAUCAACCCCUGGAGGGAGAAGAAACACAGAAAUGGGUCAUUGAAAUAUUGUGAGAGAAACAACAUCCCUAGAAAGAGCAAAAAUAAGGAACCAGACAUCCCUCAUUUGUUUUGCACAUGUGAAAAAUAAGCCCGUUCCUUCAGACUCCUGGAUCAUGGAGCAGAAUGAACUUUUUUCUCAAGCUUCAAGACUACAGCUUUUAACCAUGAAAAAUCCAAAAACAGUCCUGCCAGCUAUUCAUUGUUCCUAUGAAGAAUAUAUUAUAUAAAGACACUUUGAAUUUCUGGGAAAGGUUCUAUUCCUGAUUGAUCUCCAGUUUUGGUAAGAAAGUUUCUUAAAGUAUGUACUUUCUCUUCCAUCCACCAAACGUGAAUCCUAUUUCUGUUAGUCUUUAUAGGACACUGGUGACACUGUCACCCUGUAUUAGUUACUCAUAUCCUAGUAGAUGCUGUAUGAGUGUCAGGCACAGGAUACCUAUAGGUUGUCAUACUUUUGCAAAGAGAUUAAAAAUUUUUAACAGCAUAUGAAAACUUAUUUAAUGAACCUUCCUGUUGAGCUGCUGUAUUACAUAAACUUUUUAAAGGUUCUCCAUUGAGGCAUUUAUAACUGAAGCGUUAUAAGUAUCUAUACUUGUAACUGACCCCAGGGAGGGACUCAGCUUUUUUUAGUAAAAAGGCACAAUUUGGAGUAUUUUCUGUGGCCAACCUUGUUCUGAAUUAACAAAGACUUCCCUCGGUGGGGACAAGAUACUAACCAAUGUUUACACAUCCCGGUGCAGACACCUCACCCUAGAUUUUGCAUGAUCUGCCCUCAAGGAGAAGUGUUAAUAAAGACCGUAUCACCUAAACAUAGGAAUAGUCAAAUUUUUCUUUUUUCCUUUGUGUACCUGAAGAAAAGUGAAUUUCAAAUGUUCAAAUAAAAACAAAGUAUUUGAAACCUGACCUUACCAAUUUACUUUUCAAGUAAAGGUGGAGCUGAUUUCUCUACUAAAUGACAGAAAAUGCUAUAGUUUUUCCACUCCCUUUUAAAAUAGCUUUUACUAAAGCAAAAUCAGGUAGGAAAUCAUCUUUAACUUAGUUUUAAGUAAUCAUUACCACCUUUAUACAAUUCACAAGCAUUUUUCCCUCCUGAGUUGGAUUUAAACUUACAUUGAGGCAACUGUUCCCUUCAUCCCCAACUUUUGCCAGACAGUAGAAAAAUGUCUGUUCUAUUUUUAUAAAGAUUAAAUUAUCCAGUGAUAUUUUUAAAAUAUCAAUGUAUAUGCACUUUAGAAUGUAAAAUAACAGUAAAUAGUUUAAUCUCAGACACAGACCCACUACUUUGAGUAUUUUUAUAGAAACCUGGGCUUUUGAUGUAAAUACUAUUAGGUAUCCCCCCUUCAAUCUCAGGCUCUUCUCGAUAUCUUUCAAGCAGCAUCUGUAAAACUCCCUUAGGCCCAUAGAUGUGAGUGCCUCUCUGGUGUGGCAGUAUUAUUUAAUGAAACUUGUUACAGGAGUAACUUUAAUGGGAUGGGGGUAUGGGUGGGGGCUUGUGCAUACAUAAAGAUAUGUAUAUUUUCAUUGUAAAAAUCCAAGCUGAAUUUUUUUUUCAUGUUAAUUGUUUAAAAAUUUGCUAGAGCCAAUCAGGCUCUUAAAAAAAGUUGUUUCUUCCAAAGAACAAAGCCAAGUAAUGACAUUUAAAUUUAAAUGAUACAUAUAUUGGAGUUGUGCUUUUUCUACCACACUGGAUUAAAUAAAAUAAAC